CCUCCUCCCUCACAGUUAGUGGCUUGAAAACUUUUUAAAAGCUCUCACAGCGCUUCAAGUUGGAAAAAAGAGGGUAUCUUUUUUUUUUAAACAAGGUCUUUCAGGAAAGGGGGAAGGCGAGACAGUGAAAACAAAAGAGCAGGAGACUUUUAAAGUUUAAAUAGGCAGGUCUGGGUGCCUGAAGUAGUCCUUGCAUUUGAGUUUUAACCUCCUGAAGAACUGAAGCACUUGUUUUACCAUCUUCACUGCAGACUAGCGAGGUAGCAGCCAGUGAAGAUGGGUGACUGGAGUGCAUUAGGAAGGCUUCUUGACAAAGUCCAGGCCUAUUCUACAGCUGGAGGGAAGGUGUGGCUGUCUGUCCUUUUCAUUUUCAGAAUCUUGCUGUUAGGGACAGCAGUGGAGUCUGCCUGGGGAGAUGAGCAGUCAGCGUUCCGGUGCAACACCCAACAGCCUGGUUGUGAGAACGUUUGCUAUGACAAAUCCUUUCCAAUCUCUCAUGUGCGGUUUUGGGUUCUGCAGUUCAUUUUUGUCUCCGUGCCAACCCUCCUGUAUUUGGCACAUGUUUUCUAUGUGAUGCGGAAAGAGGAAAAAUUGAAUAGGAAAGAAGAAGAGCUCAAGCUUGUCCAAAGUGAGGGUGUUAAUGUAGAGAUGCACCUCAAACAAAUAGAAAUUAAGAAAUUCAAGUAUGGGAUUGAAGAACAUGGCAAGGUCAAAAUGCGUGGAGGAUUGCUCCGCACCUACAUCAUCAGCAUCAUCUUCAAAUCUAUCUUUGAGGUGGCUUUCUUGCUCAUACAGUGGUACAUCUAUGGAUUCACCCUGCAAGCCAUUUAUACUUGUGAAAGAGUGCCAUGCCCACAUAAGGUGGAUUGCUUCCUGUCCCGUCCCACAGAAAAAACCAUCUUCAUUAUCUUCAUGCUGGUGGUGUCUUUAGUCUCUCUGUCUUUGAACAUCAUUGAAAUUUUUUACGUCACCUUCAAGAGUGUUAAGGAUCGCAUGAAGACAAAAAAUGACCCCUUCUCUCCUAAUAGUGCCUUGAGUCCCUCCAAGGAAUGUGGAUCUCCCAAAUACGCCUAUUUCAAUGGUUGUUCCUCUCCAACUGCCCCUUUGUCACCCAUGUCUCCACCAGGAUACAAACUUGUCACUGGAGACAGGAACAAUUCUUCCUCUUGUCGUAACUACAAUAAGCAAGCCAGUGAACAAAACUGGGCAAAUUACAGUGCUGAGCAGAACAGGAUUGGACAGGCUGGGAGCACCAUCUCCAACUCACAUGCCCAACCAUUUGAAUUUGCUGAUGAUCCCCAGAACAAUAAAAAAAUGGGUUCUGGGCAUGAGCUACAACCUCUCACUGUUGUGGACCAAAGGCCACCAAGCAGAGCCAGUAGUCGAGCCAGCAGCAGACCUCGACCUGAUGAUCUGGAGAUCUAACCCUUUGUAGCCACAGUACUUAUCACAACUAUGAUAUGAAAUGCAUUAGAAGAUGCACACAUGGUUUUCAUGCUGUCCCAUUGGAGGUGGUACUUAACAAUCUCAAUCAGGAGAUUUUAACAAACAUUUAAAAAACUUGGGGAAUUUUUUUAAGUGGGAAGCUGGGUGGUGUGGGGAAAUACAGGAAGUGUUGGUAUUUAAAGUAGCUGAUUUAAAAAGUUUAAAAUGCUAAUUUUUUUAAAAAAAACUAGUCAACAAUAUGUUAGAGGAAAUUUGGGUUUGUUAUUUGCUUUAGAAAAAUUCUAAAUGAGUGGUAUGUGUGUGUUUAUAAUAUGCUGACUUUUCUAAAGAGUUUUGUUUUUGUUAUACUAAAAACAAAAGUUAAACUGGUUUUUCUGAUCAAAAGGAAAUGGAGAUGGUAUUCUUUUACUGACUGUCUUAUGUAAGAUUUUGAUCAUUUUCCUGUUAGAACAUUCCAUUGUUAAAAUUUGCACUUUGAAGGAAAACUUCCUGGUAUGACCUGGUCAGUGUCUGCACAAUUAUGCAAAAAUAAUCUGCUUCCUUAAAAUCAGUCAAGUACAUUUCAGACAAGGCCCAACCAGCAUUCUUUGGUCUUGUUCACUGGAUGAUUCAAACAGAUCUAGUUCAGGGUGUAGGAUUAAAGUUCUUGUUUCUGUGUCAUUGUUUUACCACCUCAAUAUUGUGCUGAUCUCAUACCACUGUCACAGUUUCUAGGAAACAGUUUGUCAGGUAUGGUGUGAAGCUGGACAAUCAAGCCAUUUUAUUUUAUUUAAACGCUUACAUAGAUUGCAUAUCUGUCCACAGUUAAGUCCCACUGUUAUCAUUGGUGUUUGAACACUGUGGUUGGAACUAUAGUCACUGGAUGCAGUCCAGGAUAAUUAAAUUUGCUGGUAAUUUCAAUUUGAGUGGAUCAUGGAUUACUUACUCCUGUUAGAGUCUCUUCAGUGUUGAGAAGGACACUCAGAGCUCUGUACAUAAGAAACAUCAUUUACUUCAGUAAUUAAAAAAGUGUAUGGCUCUGUAUCCUCAAGAAUACAAAGCACCCACAAUGUACAGUGAGCUUUCUACAUAAAUUUGGAGACCUAUAUCCAUGGCACACUAUUAGAUUAGGCCAAGAGUAGGGAUUUGUGUGUUAUUUCAAAUAACAAGUAUGCAUGGAGUGGAGAAGAUAUCAGUGAAUGGCCCACUCUCACAUCAAUAUGCACACAAAUACUUACACAUUCAUGUGUCAAUAUGAUGUUUACAUUAAAUUAUUCCAAUGAAUACAACUUUUACCCAUUUUAACAAAUCAAACAAUACUUUCUUAUAUUCUAUAGCUGAUGCUAUGAGUAUCUAAAUAUAAAUAGUACUAUAGGAUCCUACAAUUUUGGAAACAAAUUCUUACCAGUUCAAAAGAAAAACCCUCUUCGUAUUGCUUCAUAAAUAAGAUUUGUUGAGAAAAGUCACAUUUUUCUGCAGUUACGAAUGAUUUUCUUUUAUAAGAAUUAAGGAAAGAAUCUGAUAGAUUACGUAAUCCAUUUCUCUGACUUGUAAUGACUUAUGCUUGAAUAACAUAAAUGGUAGUACUGUGUGGGGGAGGGGAGAAAUGUUAGCCUGCCAAUAAUGUGAGAGACUUGGGGACAAUUUACACAACCAUGUUUGUUCUGUAGCAAUUGCAGUUAUCGCAUGAUUGCUCAAGAGUAUGAAAAGAGCAUCAUGGAUUAUACAAGGGCAGAGAGAAAAAAAGACUCUUGAAAACUGCAGUCUCAGAGGAUUGUGUGAAUAGGACCUUAGAAUAACUGCUUUGAGCUGUACUAAUAAUAAAUGUCUAUGUCAGUUUUACGGUAGCAAGCAUUCCUUGAGUGUUGUUCAUGUACAAAUCAGUUCAACUGUAACAUGAUGGUUCAAUUCAGCUUUGAUAUUUCAUUCCUUCUCAGUGACAAUUUUGAUAUUUGCACAUAAAUUUUGGGGAAUGCAAGUGAGGCUGGAAAGAAUGCAGUUCUAAUUUAUUUGAAAUAUAUGCUAAGGAAAUAUACCAUUUUUAUUUCAACCACAGUGCCUUUUACUUCAACACAGUUCAACCAGGAACACAACCUGGUUUCAUUUUGCAGCAAGACAAAUACUAUAUUAUAUUAAGUCAUUUGACAUUCCAUGUUAAAACUAUUGUCAAGCUCAUUGAUUGCAUGUAUUCUGCCAUAGUCCAUCAGAUCACUUUUUUUCUGGAGAACAAACUUUAGUCAAUAAAGUUUAAAUUUAGUAUUAA